AUGGCGAAGAAAAAAUCCAAUAAGGCUGUAACGCAGCCGCAGCCCCAAGCAAAAGCAGCUCAAGAGAAGACAGCAGCGCAGCCACAGGCAAAGACUCAGAUGAAGACAACAACGCCCGGGGGUGUAAAUGUUUUUGAUGCACGGACGGUUAAAAAGAAAAUCCGCCAAGACAAUUCUAGCUAUGCUGCAUUUCUUGAACAGAAUAAGCCGACGCCUACGCCUUGUAUAAAGGAGACGAAGAAGCAAGAAGCCGCAGGACCUAAAAAGGAAAUUAAAAAAGUUGAACAAAAGGAGACGAAGCAGGAAGCCGUGGGACCUAAAAAGGAAAUCAGAAAAGUUGAACAAAAGGAAACGAAGCAGGAAGCCGCAGAACCUAAAAAGGAAAUCAGAAAAGUUGAACAAAAGGAAACGAAGCAGGAAGCCGCAGAACCUAAAAAGGAAAUCAGAAAAGUUGAACAAAAGAAUACCCGUUCCAAUAAUACAUAUACCCCAUCCCCGCUGAAGAAGCCUGAUCACGCCGCAGAAAUCUAUAUUACGCCCAAUAAGUUCACCGAAUACUUUACACGCAAUAGUCCUGACAGCGAAUCAUUGGCAGUUAUACCUACUGCACCCAAAAUUCCGGAUCUAGGACAUCAGAUGCAACUGUUGAACUUGAGCUACGAUGAAUCAAUUAAUAGCCAUGCAUCUCCGCACCUGCGGGAAGUAACCUUGCUGUCUCCUGUUGUGGAGGGGCACGGCAUUAAAAUGCCCCCUCAGUUUGCACUUUUGGGCCAUCAGCCAUCGAUAACGUCUACAGGGAUUCUUAAGCAGCCGUUAUCUACUCUUGUCCUACAGUUCAACGAGUAUAGCUCGAAUAUAAGCUCCCAGCCUAGCGAAAUGGCAUUUCUUUCAUCGAUAAUGCCGGAAUACAGCUCACAGAAGCUGCAAGUUCUGGUAACCGUCCUUGUAUCACCUUCGAAUUUUUAUAAUCUUAAGACCUUAUAUUCUCAAAUUCCAGGUGUCCAAGUUCGUCCAUUCAGACUACAGCCUCGGCAUCUGAAUAUUAGUACAAUGCUCUCACUUAUGUCACUUGGUAAAGGCGACUCAAUGCCUCUAUAUAUGUCCCAAGUGACUAUGCUGCUGCGUGAAAUGGCAAUAAAAAAUGAAGGAAGCUUUGAUUAUCUUGCGUUCCGCGCACGUCUAAACUCCCUCCACUUACAACGAACCCAAACGCCCUUUCUUGACCAGAGGCUUGACUUACUGGACUCGUUCCUCGAUCUCAAGGGUGAAGUUGACGAGGGCCAGUUUGUUAAUAAUGGGAUUACUAUCUUGGACCUUUCCUGUCCUUUCGUGGACCAGAGUACCGCGUGUAUACUGUUCCGCAUCGCUAUUGAUCUUUUCCUCCACGCUUACCCUUCAAGAGGCAAGAUGAUCGUCGCGGACGAGGCGCAUAAGCAGCGUCACUUGGGAGUUCGGCUUAUAAUCUCAACCCAAGAACCCACAAUAUCACCUCGACUAAUUGAUCUAUGUUCGAUGGCAAUAAUCCAUCGAUUUUCUAGCCCUGAGUGGUAUCAAAGUAUUCAGAAUCAUAUCACAAUUGGCCAUACGAAGGAUAACAGUGGAUCGGCGGAUGGCAAGGAUGGUCUCUAUCAGAUAUCUAGUCUUCGCACCGGGGAAGCCUUGGUAUUUGCGCCUUCGGCACACAUCCUUGAUGAAAACCAAUCUCUGAGGGACACCAAACAUAAGGUUUUCAAACUGGCAGUUAGAAAACGAAUAACCUGGGAUGGGGGACAGUCGAUUUUAUGCGUCAACUGA